AUGAACUCCGAUCACCCAUGGGAGGAUUCCGAGUCAACACCAACACAUUCACCACCAGAGCCAACAUCACCAAAACAACAUAAAUUACAACCACCAGGUACAAAAACUGGUGCCUGUGAAUUACGACCACUCAGAUUAACUAAACAAAGAAAUAGAGCUUCCAUUAUAUCGAUUUCGUCAACUAGUUCAGGUGGGCUAACUCCCACAGCAUCUUCAUUUACUUCUCCAAGUAGAAAGUCAAGUCUUGCCACAGAAGAAUUCCAUUGUCGACCAAUACGAUUAGGAAGAAAUGCGAGUGCAACUGAAGAGAGGAGAAGCUCUGAUGCAUCUGUUUCCAAAACCCCUGAAAAACAACCAGAAGCAAAGAAAUCCCUUGAAAGUGCGUUAUCUACUCCACCAAAUGAAACCGCCAGGCAACUGAUUGAUUCAGAACAAUCAAAUCUUUCCAAUACUUCAAAAAGAAAAUCCAUCCUUAUACGAAAUCUCCCCAUCACAUCUACCACUACUUCUAGACGAAGCGAAUCCAAGUUUGAUGAUAUGAUCUUUGCAAUUUGUUUGGUUGAUUUCCAUCAUCAACGAGGGCCGGAGAUUCAAUGGUGGAAAUCAAACUAUCAUCCUGAAUACCAACCAGAUUUAUUCAAGAAUAUACCGUUUCAGGCUCUUCCUGAUGGUUCUCAUUUAUUUGAAGAAACAUUUUCAAAUUUUAAUUUGGUGUAUGAUUUCGAUCAGAAGAAAUCGGUUGAUGAUUUCAAAGAUGUAAAUGAUUUCAAAGGUGAUCCACGACACUUGAAAACAUUAUUUGGGUGCUCGUGUGUAAGACAGGUUAAAACAAGUGACUUAUCUGAAGAAGAAAGAGAAAGAAAUAAAGAUAUCACAAGAUCAAUUGUGCAGAAAGCAAUUGUCGUUAUUGUUCGAAAACAACCGAUAUUUACUAAAAUUAAAGAUAAGUUAUCCAUAAUUACCAAGAGUUACUUUCAACAGGAAACUUUUUCCAAUUUUGAAUUGUUGGAAAAUUUAUUUGAUAAUUUGAAUGGCCAAUUUAAAUUGAUUGACAAUGAAAUGCAUACGGAAUUAGAACAGGAAGAAGAAAAUUAUGUCAAUUUGAAUUUGAAAUCAACUUUAACCAAGUUCAGACUGAGAUUCAUGAUUAUUUUCAAGAGUUUGCUAUUGGAGAAAAAGGUUCUUAUUUACUCAAAUAACAACCUUGAAGCACUCACGCAGUUUCAAAACAACUUGAUUUCAUUGAUGCCUAAUCUUAUAAACAAUCUUGAUGACUCGGGGUGCCCAUUGAUUGAUUAUGCUGAGACCAACGGUCCACUAUCCAAGCCACAAUCGUUAAACACUACUAGUCGUGCUUCGAUGUUGAGAUUCUUUGGGUUACCUUUACAGAUAUUCAAUACCAAGAACUCAUUUUGGAAUCCUUAUUUGCCAUUACAACAACUUGAUGAGUUGUCUGUGCAAGGAUUUAUGGUUGGUUGUUCCAACCUUUUAUUUGUUAACCAAGCGAGUAUGUUUGGUGUUGAUUUGUUGAUCAAUUUGGAUACAAAUGAAGUGACAUAUCCUAAGGAUGUAUAUACUCCAGAGGAACUUCAUUUGAGUAGUAUGGAUAAGAAAUUUAUCAAUCAUUUAAUUAAUUCCGAUGCCAACAAUACGAAACAUGAUGAUUAUAUGGGAAGCGAUGAUUUCAUACGAUACCAGUUUGAAGAUUAUUUGAACUCGUUGAUAUCAACCAUGCGUUACAACCAGUAUUCUGAAAGAUUUGGUCAACCACCACCAGGAUUUAACGAAGCGAGUCAUGUCAAUGAUUUCAACCCAAAGUUUAUUGAAUCAUGGAGAAAAACACAAAAUUUCAAGAUUUGGAAUACAAUAGCUGAUGAGUUUAUUUUUAAUUUUAUAGAGCCUAAACAUGUUGCUGCUGAUAUUAAAAAUGAACCUUAUUCUAUUAACAAGAACAUUUCUAAUUUCUUCAAUAGUUUCAAGAGUAAGAAUACAACUACAAAUGUUGGCAAUGGACCUGAUACCAUUAAAGUUCAUAAAUUCAUUGAAGAAGAAGAGCCACCCACAAGAAAUGUUGAUGAAAAUAGUAGUAAUAAUGACAAUCAUGAUGGAAAUGUGGAUGAAUUGGUUGCUGGGUUUGAGAAAGUUGGACCAACCGAAGAUAAACUGGCUAGUAAUGGUAAUAAGAGAGUCUCUAGUUGGACAGCAGGAUGGGUCUUUGGUGCAAAGAAAUAG